AGUGACUGCACAUGGCGGCUAGGUACAGGGAGAGGAGAGAAAGAGAGAGAAAUCGCUCUCCUUUCUCUAGACAAAGAAGAGACUACACACCAGGGGACGGAUACUACUCGUAUAACGGGCUUGACUAUGAAAGAGAGGCACACGAUAGCUUAUAUGAUCGUGCCAGAACGAGAGAUUAUGGGCAUUAUCCUUAUCGUGAGUCUCUGGGACACCCAGUAUCUAGUCCCUUUACUAGACGCUCUCUCCAUUCCCCUCCAAGCAGUUCCCAUCAUUUCUUUCCUCGUCGUAGGUACAAUGACGAGUACCACUCGAUCCCUCAUCCAGACUACAGGCUCCCAUCCCCCCCUCCUAGGAAUACACCUCUUCCAGACUAUUUGGCCAUUCCUCGGGAUUACGUGACACAUUCUCAGGAAUAUUUGACUCAUCCGCCUCCUCGAGACUUUGUGCCUUCCCCUCCUCGUGACUUUGUGACUUCUCCUCCUCCUCCAUCGUCAUUAUAUCCUCGGGAUUAUUCAGCCAUCCCCUCCAGCAUUGCUUUUCGGCUCUCUCCUGCACCUUCUCCGCCUCUUCCUCCUCCUUCUCCACCUCUUCCUCCUCCUUCUCCGGCUCCUCUUUUUUCAGCUCCUUCCUCUCCUCCCCUUCCUCUUUUUAAUCCUCCUCCACCCUCUCCUCCUCCCAGUGGUGGGUUACAGUGGCAAGGAUCAUCAAAUGAUCUAUUGUAUAUAGAUGAGCCUGGAGCUAGUGAUGCUCAAGGUAGCAAUAUAUAUUACAAUGGAGGAGAGAGACCGUAUUCAAUACCGGCUUUAGACACGUCUGAUCUGUCCAAUGCACUGGAAAUGCUGAGGAGAUCAAUAAAAUCAGAAGAUAUGAGAUCUAAUGAUUUGAGAUCAGAGGACGUUGUAAAGGAUUCGGUUUUUAUGCGUCUUGAUAGCCACGCUCGAGCAUCACCCAUUAAGUCUGAAGACACUUCUACUGAUUAUACACCAGUUCCAAUGGAUAUCAGUACACCAGAGCCUGAUCAAUCAAUUAUUUCAGAUACAGUUGAUCAUUACAUUAAAAUAGCCAAAAACACUGUUAGCAACAAGUCAGCCGUCAGCAAUAAUACAGUGGAUCUACCUUCACUCAUUCCUCCUCUCUUUGACAAUGCUAUGUCACAUGAGGAUGAACUCAAUCCUCCUGAUCCUCCAGCCUUCUUUGAUGAUAUGUCACAUGAUGUGUCACAUGAUGAUUUGUCCCCCAAUCCUCCUCCUAAUGUGUCUUUGUCACAUGAUGCAUCACAUGAUCUUCCUUGUGAAGAUUUGGAAUUAUUAUUUUUGAGGUUAACAGCUAUUCGCUCAAUGUUAUCUAAGCAAACGGAUCCUAAUCUAGAUUAUUCUAACACUGAUAUUGAUGCAAAUGUGUCUGAUAUUGCUGAUACUAACACCGAUAUUGAUGCAAAUGCAUCUGAUCACAAUAUUGUUAGUACCACUUGUAUUGAUACUACUGAUACUAUUGCGUCUGAAUAUCAUCAGUAUGCUGAUUCUAAUGCUGAUAUUGAUACUACUACUGAUCAUCAUGCUGAUAUUGACACCACUGAUGAUUCAAAAGUUGAGUCUCACCAUACUGCUGAUACUAACACUGAUAUUGUAAAUGUUCCAAGCAGUAAAGACUCACAGUUAGCAGUGAAACUCGUCAAAGAUCUUGAAGUUACAAAUGUUGCUGAUCCUCAUAUUGAUAGCACUGCUGAUAUAGUUGUUUCUGAAUCUCUUUCUAACCUCGUGAACUCUAAAACAGAGGUUAAAACUGAUAUUGAAACAGAGGUUAACACUGAUAUUAAAGCAGAAGUUAGCACUGAUAUUGAAACAGAGGUUAUUACUGAUAUUGAAAGAGAAGUUAACACUGAUACUGAAACAAAGGUUAACACCAAUAUUGAAACAGAGGUUAACACUGAUAUUAAAGCAAAAGUCAAUGCUGACACUAGCACUGACCCUGAUGUUCACAUUGAUAUAAAUGUUGACCCUGACACAGUAGCUCAUGAUGAUAUUAAACCUCAUGCUGACACUGAUCCUGACACUCAUGGAAGCACUGAAGUUGCUUGUAAGGUAGACAAUGACACUAAUGAUGUUAAUGCUACUGAUGUUAAUACUGAAACUCCUGGAGACAAAUCCAUUGAUCCAGCAUCCAUUAAUAGCACUGACAGCUCCCAACCUGUUACCUCCUCCUCUUCACCUCACACUACAUCAACAUCAGUAUCAGUUGUUGCUAUGGAUAAUGGAUCAGUUGCUAUGGAUACUGGAUCAGUUGCUAUGGAUACAGAAUCAGUUGCUGUGGAUACAACGUUAUCUGAUUCUGCAGUUAAACCUGCUGAAUUAAGUUCUGUUAAGGUUGUGACAAGUUCCACUAAUACUUGGAAUGUCAAGGAAUUCAAGAUUAUUUCACAAGACGAUGAGGACAUAGAGGGAGAGGGUCAUGUUGAACAAGCUACGGUUCAUUUUGGUGGGAGUGAUGUUACUGCAAAGUUAAAGGAGAGGCUUACUUUUUACGAGUCUCGUUGUGAAAUGCUGGAAAGUAACGUGAAAUCACUAGCUAGAGAAUUAAAGUUGGCAGAAAAAGAAUUGGAAAAGUGUCGAAAAGAGGAAACUCACAUCAGAAAUGAAUUGAAAUCUCUCGGUCGGAUUUCAAUUGAUUCAAAUCAUGUGAUGCAAUCAGCGGAAUCAACCAAUGGCAAUGACCACAAAAACAAAAGGAAGAGAGUACAUGUAGAUGGAAAGAAGAUUACCAAGCAACCGACUCUUUCAAAUAGAACGUCUAAAAAAAUUAAGACGUCUCAAUCUGCUCCGCCGAAACCCGACCAGCCUCCAACAAAGCCACACCUGCCAAACUUGAGGCCACGCCCACGUCGUUUGAGUCCACAUCUGCCCGAUUUCCCGCUAUCGUCCCAAACAAUAGAGUUGUUAUUUGGAUCAACUAAAGUCAAUACAAAUUGCUUAAAGAGUUGGAAGCCAUCCCUUCCUCUCCUUCACUCUACUCUAUUGAUAAUGAAUCCUGUCUCAAUAGCCACUGGUCAACCAUUAAACCUACUCUCCCUUCCAAAGAUCAAUUCAUCUGUCCUCUUCUCUCUCCCUCCUUCUUUCUCUCCCAAUAACGCCGAUAUAGCUAGCAAUACUCUUUCCCUAUCUCCAGCCACUGGUCCUUAUCAGUCUCCAUUAUUAUUAUUCAAGUCCUAUCGGGUUAAUCCUCUCUAUCGGACACUAUUCAAGCAUUCCCUGACCAGCCCGACUCAUUCCAAUGCCAUUAAUCCUCAUCAGCCUUUGUGUCGCUUCCAAUACAAAGGGAAGUGUAACAAUAAGGAUUGCAAGGGGCAGCACUGGGACUCUAUCCAGUUAUCCGAGGACGAGAUAUCUCUUCAUCUUUUGUCUCAGUAUCCGAGUAUUUCAAAGCCCGAUCCAACCCUGCGUGAUGCUAUGACGGCGUCGGAGUGGUUGCUGUUGACAACGCAUACGAUUCACCAGCAGUCGUCCAGUGUCUUGUCGCCAGUCACAACGUCGGCCGAGAAGAAGACUCAUUCUCGUGAUCUCAAACCCGUACCAGUAGAGCAUAGUUAUCAGUAUCAAGAUGCGACUAAGAAGAAAAGUGGUCGAUAUUUUAUGUCAGAAGGAACAGAUGCAAAAGAUGAUGUGUUAAGUAAAGUAAAGCAGUUUAGUUUUAUUGGUAAUAUAAGAGAAGCUGAGGAUUUACUCAAGAAAAGUGUCGAAAGUGACCCAAACAAUGAAGAUUUUUGGUUUGAAUAUAUUAAAAUCAAUCCUGAUAUUUAUCAAGUCGCUUUCGAAAAGUGCCCAUCAAUUAAAAUUUUGAAACAAGGGAUAAAGGAGAGUAGGUCGGUCCCUGAUAAAAAGAUGUGUAUUAUUAAAUGUAUUCAAAUAAUUGAACGCCAGCAGCUGUCAGUAGAUGCUGUAUCUGUUUCACACUUUAUGUUGGAACUAGUGUUAAGCUAUGUUAGUAUUGAUCUCUUAACGCAUGAUAUUGAAUCCGGAUUAACAGUGUUAAAGAAUGUUCUAGAAGAUAAAGGUAUUGAUUCGUGCAGUAGUUUGAUGGGUUUUAUGACUAAUGAAGACAAAGUCUUUCUUUGUCUUACCUACUUGCACCUUUUGGUCAAUCCCUCCGCCCCUCUUCCGGGUUGUCAUGGCAACAUGAUUCCUGUCACCAUAGUUACAAAGGAGCCGUUUUUUAUAAAAUGGACAAAAGAAGGUGACGGGAUUAUUAGCAAAUUUAUGGAAGUGUUUAUCAGUAUACUCAAUGUGCGGAUUUUUAAGGACGUGAUGAUGCCAGAUUCAAUCAGAUAUUUGUACCCGAUUUAUAUUAAUUUAUUCAUAUUUGAGGUUGUUCAAGGCAGAGGUGUCAAUGCUAUGAAUAGCAUUAACAGAUUACUUAAUAAUAUCAAUCCCAACGUAGUCCAGCUGGUUUUGCUGAGACACUCUUUAACGUCCUUUAAACCAAAAGCACCUGCAGAAAUAGUCAAAUCUGAGAAACAGCUGCAUCCACUUUUAUAUUAUGCAACUGCUCUCUACUGUAUUGAGAAAGCUAAUGAUGCUAUUGCCAAAGACAUAUUGGAAAAGGCUGUGAUUAAUUGUUUUGAUAUGAAGACAGCAGAAGUGGAACCACUUACGUUAUAUCAGAAACUACUUGGUUUGUCGUAUUGUUAUGAGUCUCCUUUACUUAUAAGUGGAAAUGAUGUACAAAAUGAUUUAGUGUAUUGGUGGCUGUGUUACUGUUUAUAUAAGAGAGUUGUUGACAUUGAAACUGUAGAGGAGACUUAUGAGGUAUCAGUUAAUUCUGUGUCAACACAGAGGGAUGGCUAUGAGCAGCUGUGGUUUGACUACAUUGCUGUGUUGAUUAUUAAAAUUAAUAACUCCAACCAAUCGAUAGAAACAUUGUGUAAUGUCAUUAAAAGAUGUCUUUUGGUACUUCCACAAAAAUCUCAUACAAACGUAAUGAGGUUGUUAGAUUCUUUAUUAGGUAGUUCUAAUGUUAUUGUUAAUAUAUUGUAUGUAUUAUUGUCAUCAUUGCCCAACAAUCUAUCACUAAUAUCAAUGUAUCUGAAUUAUUCUCUAAAAUAUAAUGUUAUCAAUGAGAAUGUGAUCGAGUCAUUCUAUUACAGUCUACCUUCUUCACGCUAUAAUUUGUUAAUACCAGUUGAAGUUUCCUUAGGACAUUACAGAGAAGCAAGGCUGCUUUUUCAAGAAUUAGUAAAAGAUCGACCAUUUGAUUAUGACAUGUGGAAUGAAUUUUUAUUGUUUGAGCUGGCUGGCUUGGUUCAUGGUUACUCCAAUGAAGAAUUGGUCUUAUCACUGCUUAAGCUAGCAAAGGAAUCCAAUAUUGAUCUAAAGAAUAUUAAUUGUUUAAGGAAGGAGUCCAGCUAGGUAAACCAGAACAGCAAGGUAAUGUUGUUUUUAUUGUCAUUGCGUUACAUUUUAAUCAUUAUCAUUAAUCACACCGUUGUUGUUAUUUUUGUAAAAUUUUAUUUAAGAAAUAUUAUUGAUUGUGAAAAAGAUCAACACCAUUUUAAUCAA